GGUCGACGACUCGUUCCGGAUAAAAAUCUCGAAAAAAUGACUAAAACUCACCAGCAAUAAAAGACAAAAACGAUCUCAUCCGUUCCGGAGGCCAUAAUUUCUUGCCAUUCAGUUGAAAUUUCCUUUCAACACUGCCAAAUCAUCAUGAAGGAAGCUUACGAUUACUCGGAUACGCUUAUCAAGACACUCACGAACGAGAAAAAAGUAAUAGAUGUCUCGAAAAAAUUCAUUCAGCAAGAAGAUGGAGCAGCGAAAAUUCGAUUUUCAUUGGAAUUGUUGAAAGAAAAGAAUCUCCUGCCAUCCGCCGGGGACAUUUUUCAUCCGAAAAACGAUGCAGCAUCUCUCGAGGCUCGGAAUCGUGGCAAUCAGUUCUUUAUCAAGGACAAGGAUUAUGUUGCAGCGCUGGAAUGUUACAACAAAAGUAUCUGCCUGGCGACGAGUGAGUCGGAAAAUUUAGCUAUUGGAUAUGCAAAUCGGUCGGCGAUCUACUUAAAUGCUGGAUUUUAUAAAUUAUGCUUGGAAAACAUCGAAUUAGCCAUGAAGAACAAUUAUCCGGAGAAAUUAAAGCCGAAACUGGAGCAACGUCGGAAGGAGUGUCUCGAGCUAUUGAACAACAACGAAGACAGUUUGGAGAAAUUUGCGAAGGAAAUUCCGGAAAAAGUUCAAUUAUCGUAUCCGGCGAACGAAAAAAUGCCAAUUUUAAUCGAGGGACUCGAAUACGUGACGUCGGAAGAGUUCGGCAGACACAUUCGUGCCAAGCAGGAUUUGUAUCCAGGGGAUAUUAUUAUCGUCGAAAAGUGUUUUUCCAAGUGUUUGCAAAAUGGAUCCGAGUAUAAACGUUGUGCCAACUGCCUUGAACCGAAUUAUUUGAACUUGAUUCCUUGCGGAAAGUGCACCCGAGCGAUGUUUUGUUCCGAAAAGUGUCAAAAAGAAGCAAAUUCUCGCUUUCAUCGGUUUGAAUGUCCCAUCCUCGAUGGAAUUUUUACGUUAUUUAACAAAAUUACCGUCAUUGCGAUCCGUACUGCCUUGUUUUCCUUGACGAUGUUCGAUGAUCCACGUGAACUAGAAGCCCUUAUCUCCGAAAUUAACGUCGAAACGGAAAGCGCUUUCGAUUUAAACUACUCCAAUCUGACGGAGCAACAGCAUUUUCGUGCAAUUUACGCCUUGGCAACGAACGAAUCCGCUCGUUCCGUCGCCGAUCUCUUUCAACGAUCGAAUUUAUGUGCAAUUACGUGGUUUUUGUUCCGGAACCACACAAAUUUAAGUGAAAUUUUAACGACAAAAUGCCUGGAAGAUCUCUUUCUUAACAUGUUGUUCCGUUUUGGGCAAGCAGCUGCUGUAAAUUAUCACACGUUAGCUGCCAUGGCAAAAUCCGACGAUGUCCUUGCCGGAAGUUUCUCCCCAAAGCAGAUCGGAAGUGGCAGUUUUGCUUUGUGCAGUUUGCUGAAUCACUCGUGCGCUCCAAAUGUGGUGCGUGUUGGAGAUGGCGACAAAAAUAUCGUUAUCGUGAAUCGUGUCAUUAAACGUGGAACGCAGAUUUUUGACAAUUACGGAGCUCAUCAUUGCCUCGAAGAUUUGGCGGAACGACAAAAAAUACUAAAAGAUCAAUAUAUUUUUACGUGCAGUUGUGAAGCGUGUCAAAAUAAUUAUCCAUUAUUCAGUGAAUUUCCGAUCCCGACGAAAUUUUUCUUGGAAAUGGGGAAUGACGAGGAGCGGAUUGUGCGGUACGACAAGGAAUUUGCCAAGAAAAAGUUUCAAGAUUACAAAAAAUUACUCAUCGAAUACAAUGACAAGUAUCCGUGUUUUGAAGUUUGUGCCAGUCAGGAACACUUUUUAGCCUGUGUUCGUGUCUUAAUUGGUGAUGUGCCAUUAGAGUUGCAAUUAAAGCCUCUGAAAAAUUGAUUUUUGUGCCUUUUAGGUCGUUCUUGUAAUGAAACUCAAAAAUACGCAGCGACCUCAUAUUUUUUUCUUACUCAACGAACAAUAAAUAGACAAAUUAUUUAUCAAUACAUCGUUUUAAUCAUGAAAUUGUUUACAUCUAUUGUUCCUUACAUAUCUAUCUAUCAUGUUUUUUUUUUCCUUUC